AUGUCGAACGCGACCGGGUCUGGCGCGCGCGAGGUGACGCAUGCCAGCAUUGUGCUUGGCGUCUUUCUUGGCUUCCUCGUCAUUAUCUUCGUGCGCUUGCAGUUUAAAAGUCGCCAGCGGCUGGCCGAAAAGCCCCGCGGCGACGCGUUCGUGCCGCGUGCCUACACGGUGGAGGAGUUGGCGCAGUUCGACGGGAAGAGGAUGCCACAGGUGUUCGUGGGGGUGAAGGGGAUCAUCUACAACGUCUCGCUCGAGUGGUACGGGCCAGAGGGCCCAUACAGCGCCUUUGCCGGCUGCGACAGCUCCCGUCAGCUCGGCAAGGUCAUCGUCGGCCGCGACGAGAUCAACGCGGACUGGACCACCCUCGCCCCAGACCAUCUUACAACGUUGCAUGAGUGGGAGGAGCGCUUCCGAAGCAAGUACCCUGCAGUUGGCUGGAUCACGGACCCGAACAAGAACUUCGUGAAGCGCGCGGCUUCUCUCCCGCCGUGA